AUGAACGGGCCAGCUCUCCUGCUGCUUCUCACUGCCUGUGUGGUCGGUGGGGCCACUGUGCCCAAAGCCAUGUGGCAGUUCGGGAAAAUGAUGAAGUGCGCUCAGCCUGAUGUUAACCCUCUGGCAUACAACAAUUAUGGCUGCUGGUGCGGCUUCGGAGGAACUGGGACUCCGGUGGAUGAAGUGGACGAGUGCUGUCUACUACAUGACAAAUGCUAUGAAGCAAGCAGAAAGGUUCCAGGAUGCACAUCCCUCUCUGACCUCCCCUACAUUAUUGUUUAUGAUUACACCUGCUCCAACACACAGGUGAAAUGCUCAGAUACCAAUGAUAAGUGCCAGGCUGCUGUGUGUGAGUGUGAUCGCGUGGCGGCUCAUUGCUUCGCCCAGAGCGACUACGACCCGGAAAACAAGGACCUGGAUCCCGAGGUCCACUGUGUGGACUGA